GAACGAAGUGGGGAAGAGGCGCCCAUUUGCGUCAUGCCGCAUAUAGACGGCCAUUUUUCCAAACGCAUUUGUUUUCUUCUAUACACAUAGCCGAUAGCUGAUCAUCCGCGAAAUUUGUAAAAAGUGUAUAUCGGCGAUACUAUAAUAGACCAUAAGUCCUGUUUCUUCUUUACCACAAAGUUCUUUGCAAGACCCGGUGUGGGCUGAUCACACACACCUAUCCCGAAAAUGCCAAGACCGACUACACGCAAGGAGGUCCUCGACCACCUCCGAGCAGCCGUCUCCCGCGGCGACGCCAUCGUCGGCGCCGGCGCCGGCACGGGUCUGAGUGCGAAGUGUGUCGAGAGCGGAGGUGGGCAUCUCAUUAUCAUAUAUAACUCCGGCCGGUUCCGGAUGGCGGGGCGCGGCAGCUUGGCGGGUCUGAUGCCAUAUGGCGAUGCGAACAAGAUCGUUGUGGAAAUGGCCUCAGAAGUCCUCCCCAUCGUGAAGCACACGCCCGUGCUCGCGGGCGUCUGCGGUACGGAUCCGUUCCGGGAGAUGCCGUACUUCCUGUCCCAGCUCAAGGCCAUCGGGUUCAGCGGGGUGCAGAACUUCCCCACCGUCGGCCUGAUCGACGCGGACUCGGUGUUUCGGCAGAACCUGGAGGAGACGGGCAUGGGGUACGACCUCGAGGUGGACAUGAUCCGCACCGCGCGCUCGCUCGACCUGUUCACGUGCUCCUACGUCUUCAGCCCCGAGGACGCGGUCAAGAUGACCGAGGCGGGUAGCGACGUCAUCGUCGCGCACAUGGGCCUUACGACCAGUGGCAGCAUCGGCGCUAAGACGGGCAUUACUCUAGAUGACAGCGUCAAGAAGAUCCAGGACAUCAGGGAGGCGGCUGUCAAGGUCAGGGAUGAUGUUAUCGUGCUGUGUCAUGGCGGUCCCAUUGCGAACCCCGAGGACGCGGAAUACGUGCUCAGCCGAACGAAAGGCAUUCAGGGUUUCUUUGGGGCGAGUAGUAUGGAGAGGUUACCUACGGAGAAGGCCAUCAAAGGGACAACGGAGGAAUUUCGAAAGGUCAAACUCGGAGCGCCUUAGACGGAUGGUCGUCUGUCGUAUGACAAGUACUAUACGUGUAUCCCAUGUAUCUAAUUGACUUUUCGAGAUAGGGGAUCAUGGAGGAAAUCUGUGUUUCCGGUGUAAAAUAUUCCCUCCAGGGAGUUUUUUGGCGGGAUUGG